AACGAACACGAUAAACUGGCCGGGGCAAGUCAGAACGUUGAUGGAGGGCAACAAAAUGAUGUUGGAGGACAAUUGGGCAUAUCGAAACGUCUUCGGAGAGUGACCAAAAAGUUGCUAGAGGAUGGUCAGAAGGUUGUCGGAGGAUGGUCAGAGCAAACCAGAACGUCGACAGAGAAUGGCUGGAAAGCGAUCAAGAUUUUGUCGGAGUUUGACCAAAAAUUCGCUGAAGGAUAG